AUGGAUGAUAUGUUUGCAGGUAGGAGACAUGAAGAAAGAUCUUCAGAACAUUUGGCACACCUCAAAUUACUUUUGACUUGUUGGGUUGCUGUAUCCUCGAUCUCUUCCAUCUAUAUAGGUGGUAUCCGUAUAGGUGGUGAAGAUAGGACGAAUGUUUCGCCCAUCAAAGGUGAAAUUUCAGUUGAUUGGGAGGCCUCCUUGGGAUUAGUUAACGGCAAAUUGGAAACAGUACCAAGGUAUAUGAAUGCUUUGAGAGGAGAUAUUAAAAUAUCAUUGUCACAUUCGGAGCAUGGCCCUAGACCAGUUGAUGUGGAAGUAGAGGUAGACAUAUUCAAGAGUAAAAUUUAUGUGAUGGGGUUGGAGGAGAAGGAAAGAUAUAUUGUAUUAAGUCUUUUUCUGCGUCAACUAUUUCGAGACUGGGCGUGGAUGAUAUUGAUUAU